AUGUCUGAGGUCGAAUACAACAAUUUACUCUACCAGAUAAGUAAAAGACUCGAUGAGCUAGAUGUAGGCGACCAAUUACUGUUUUUGUGCAGAGGGAAAGUGACAGAUCAUGGCGAAGAAAACAUUCCAACCCGCUCGUUGAUUAAAGAAUUAGAAGACAACGGAUUUCUCAGUCCCGAUCGUCUAGUGCUAUUGAAAGGUAUUUUAAAAGGUGUCGAGGAAUGGACUCUUUUUCAACAAGUUGAAAAGUUUGAGGCCAAAAGAAAGGAAUACAGAUGCUUGCUUGAGAAGGUUAUUCGAGUACUCGACGAGCUAAAUGAUCUGGAACGGCUCAUCUCGAUUUGUACAGGAAAGAUAACAGUAGAGAGGCAAGGAAACAUUCAUGAUGUGCGAUCGUUGUUCAAGGAGCUAGAAAGCAACGACUGGCUGGGAAUUUAUUGCCUCGACACUCUAAAGGAGAUUUUAGCCCAAACAGAGAAAAUUGAUCUACUUAAGGAAGUGGAGGAGUUCAAGCAACGACUAAGUCGUGAACUGAAAUUUGAAAUGCGAAAAGGUAUCCACUGACAGUGCAGAUGUCUCAUUUCGUCAAAUUUGUUACCUACUCUUAUUCAUGUGUGUUUGCAUUAUACCUAAUAUGAUCAUCAUUUCUAAAAAUUUUUAAAAUUGCAUAUGUUUGUCUUAAAUGUUUUAGCGCAAGCUGCUUCCGUACUAUCAUCAGUUGGCGAGAAACUGAUCGGAGGUAAGAAGUAUAUUAUAUUACGCUGAUAAAUAAGCCCUAGCUAAAGGAAGGAAGACCGACUUACUACUCUACCAUUAAUUUCAGGAUUUCUAAUUAUGAGCAGCUAUAGGGAAACAUACGUGGGAAAUCGCACAAACAAAUGGUAACAGACCUUUUGCAAAGGGACACAUUCUCAGAAUAUUUGUCUAGUGGUGUAGGUUAUAUAAGUGUAAUUCAAUAUUCAAUUUGAAUUGUAAGGUCGGUGCUUGAGCAAGUUAAGCAAAAAGCCAAAAUUUAGUUUGUUUACGAUCUUGCUCAUUGUUAAGAACUAUAAAAUAAAGGAAAAGACUCAGCAUACGUGGAAUUUGAAGGUAAAUCGAACGCCGUUUGACUCGUCACAGGAAGGUAGUUUUAUAACUACCUGCUACUGGGCUGUUAUUAAAAGCAUUGUCAGACCGUCUGCCUAUAAGAAUGCAACAAAACUUUUUCUUUACAAGCCCUUUAAAUGUCAACACUCCAGGAACGAUAAGCGAAAAACGGGCUUGUUUUUUAAUUAUUGAAAAAUCCAGAAACAUUCAAUUACGUUAUACAAUAAAUUAUACCUUCAUUACCCGCCUACCGUAGCUGUUUAUGCCUGAGUGAACUAAUUUAAAACUUUUGAUUAAUUUGGGGACAAAAUUGGUUUGCAAUCGUGAUGUCUCCACUUUCACCUGUUUCACAUUUAAUUUAAAGUUGAAAAUAUAGUAAAUAAGUUUUAUGAUUUAAAAAGGUAUCUUCAUACCUACAUGUUUGUAAGCGCCGCACCUUAACUAUUACAUAGUUUUCACUUGUUUAGUGUCCUUAUUUUCCCUCAAAUCCUAUUUGCAUUGUCACUGCCAUUCCUUCUUGGCGCCAAAGAUACGGUGGCAGGAAGGAACUAACAUCUUCUGAGGUAAUGUUCGAUUCAUGAUUAACCAUUUUCAGGCUCCCUUCUUUGUGAUCCCUUCAAUUGCAUCGCAUGUUAUAAAACGGAUGGGAGGGUGGAAUCAGAUACAGAUCUGGGAACACGAAAAGUUGCCUGACAGGUACCUUAAUGCCUCGAAGAAUCUGCAAAUGGGAAGAGAGAAUAUACAUUGUUAGGGCGACAACGUUUUCGGCUAAAGACAACAUCUAGCUAGAGGCUUUCGCAACCCACUUUGAAAACUGUCUUUGUGUUUUGUUGUCUCUGCCCACUUAUUUGAGAACCUUAAAGAGUGCGUUCUAUUCUUUGUGUUUUAGUGUUGAACAUGAAGACUCUGUUCAAAGCUGUAGCAGGGGGCUUUACAAUCGCUUCCAGCUUGGAGCUAUUGAUUCGGGACUCAACAUAUGACCAGCUCGUCACGGCUGUUAACACCUGUGUACUUCCUUCUGGCACCAGCUUGAUUCAAAUAACCGAAGGCUGUGUGUGUCUCAAAGUUCAAGUAGAAAGUCUUUCAGCUCUUGAAAACCUGUGGAGCAUGUAUACGGACGGGACGCUAAAAGCACGCCUGCAAGCCUUAUUUGUCACUGACGAAAUGAGAGAAAUUGUUGGCGGAGAGCAAGUGGAAGUCAUAGUGACCAUCGACCAACUAGAAUGUGAGAAAGCCCGGACAGAGUUAAUCAGGGAAGCUCAAGGUGAAUAACAUAUUUGUAGCAGUUAGUUAAUUCCACCCAACAUACUUCCUGCAGUUACUCCGGCAAAACGGAUUUAGGGUUAUUGUCAAUGAAGGAGAGUCACUAAGAGACUAAGGGGUUGGUUUCGAAAGAAACUGUACCUUGGCGUAUGUGGGGGAAGAGCAAAAAAUUGGUAUUAUUGACUAGGUAAACGUAGAUUGGGCAUCAUAAAGAGAUUGAGAAACUGACGCUUUCGACGCUAAGGUUAGGCUUUCGUCAUAUACUGGAUGUGGGAGCUUGGUACAUAGUAACGUCUAAAACAACAACAAAAAAUAAUUGAAUACAUGAAGAGCGUUGAUUCUGUAGGUAUCAAGAAUGCCGAUUUGAAAGACAAUGUUUUUCUCUUGGCGUUUGCGUCAUCUUAAACACUUUAAUAUCUCUUAAAUAACACUGAAACCACAGGAUAUUUUAACAGCCACUUUAACAUGUUCCCAUGUUGAUAGGGUUAGCGAUUUUUAAUGAGAAAACGCUCUUAACACUAUGUUUACUUCCGAUUCAUUUUUUGUUCAAUUAUUUUAAUUUAUUCGCUCCUACAUUCAUUUGCCUUUCGUUUGACCACUUUUAAAGGUCCUGUUGUACAGAGGGAGGAGAGGCAGGUUGAAAAUUUUACCUACAUUAAUGUUCAGAGAUAUUUAGAACAAAACAAGCUGGAUAUCGAUUCACAUAGUACAACAACCGGAACAAGCGACAGUGGAAUGGCGGAAUCACAUGGUACACCAUCUGAGCUUGGAAUGGGAGAAACUAGCGGUAAAAUACACUUUAUAAUAAAACGCAUCAUUAGACCUAGAGCAUUUCAAUUAAGAACAACCAGAAAAAACUUCGUAUUAGAUAUUCACAUAGCAUAUAAAUACUAAGGAAUCGACAAAACGGAACAUUUUGUAAUCUUGCAUCCUGUUUAUUAUAAAUGCUUUUUCUUUCUCUGCUUUAAAAUAUUAUUUUGGAGGUUUUUUUGCACCUGCCGAGUUUUCACCUUGUUCCCUACCUCUUAUCUCUUUUAAGAACCGUGUGUGCAAUUGUGGAUAUCUAAAAUUGUGGAUAGCACUCUGGAGUUGUAAUUUCGGAAUUUAAAUGAAUUACCCUAGCGAUUAAAACGAGGGUUAAAUCAAUGUCCUAUUAUUAGAGGCAGUCAAGUUUGCUUUCAGUCUACAACUAGAGAACUUAUUACUGCUAUAAGCUUUCCUAGUGCCCAGCUUCCUUUUAUCAUGGUCUGUUUAAAGCAAAAAUAAUAUAGAUCUAGAUCUUAACUUUGCAACUUCGAUAGUCUUUGGCGCGGUAAGUCAAUCUUAUUAAAAAACCCACCGUAUUUACUCGAAGUAAAGGCUGCUUGCUUUAGCCACCCCUCAAAAUAACCACAGACUAUAUGUGGAGGGUCUGAAUGGGGGCGUCGUGGUCCACCUGUCGGUUGUCAGUUAAAAUUUAGUUACUUUGUCGGUAGUCGGUUAAAAUUUUCGAUCUUUGUCGGUUGUCAGUAAAUCUGUGUUGUGUUUGACGUCAUUUCCUCUUUAAACACAGAAUUCUUCCAAAUUUGGUCAUCAGUAACUGGUUAUGGUGAAUUAUGCGUGUACUUUUAGCCAAUCUGAAUUGGGGAAAUAUUUUGAAUGAAUAAUAAUAUCUAUUAUGUAUUUCCCAGUUUCAAGACUUUAAUUUGAUCCCUUAAGAAAGAAUAAACUUGCAAGAAUGCAUCAUUUGAUCAGUGCACUUAAACUUCAGUAACACUUUCCGGUUCGUUUAUUUCACCUUUUACCAAUAUAGUACUUACUGAUGAAAUCACCAAAACUUUUAUUGUAAAUGCGAACUUGGUUUCCCUGUUGAGUAAAGGGCACAAUAAAACGUAAUUAAUGGACAGAGAGGAAAACGCCAACUCUAGCCGUUUGGAUACUUAAUUAUUUUUAGUUAAAAACUUCAAGGGGAAACAGGCUACAAAUCUAUACGGGCGUGAAAUCGCGUGUUGACCUUAAUAUUUUGGCACUAACAAGCAUGUCCUUUGCAUUUUUUUUCUUUUCUUGUAGGAAAUAAAAAGUGGUUCUUUAAAAAUUUAGCAAAAUAGUGGUUUGUUUUGUAUGAGAUUCCACUUUUUCAUUAAAGCUUGUAUUAUAGUAGACACUAAGGGCUGGUAUUGCGUUAUAAAAGGCAUUGAAUAUUUCUUUUUCUUCCUUGGUGUUUUGGUGUCAGGAGCAUGGCCUUCCUUUCUGCGAGUUUUAUUUCUGAUAGCAAUUUUUCCUUUAAAAUUGUGUGGGUAGCCUCUGUCCAUCGGUUUUUGAAAAUUGAAACACUCGUCAAACGUUGCUUUAGAGGCGCUUGUUCGCAGGAUUCUUAAGGCUUCUUCAGACUUGACAAAUCCACUUUAACACUUAGUGAGGGACUAGAUUUCUAAAUGUGUACACUGAAUAUGUUUCUGUUUGUCUGUACAUCAAGGAUAGUUUUUUCCGUUGAAUAUUGUGCCAUGGUAUAGUGUUGGUACGGCCGUACCAUACAACCGUUUCUAAACAGUCUAAGUGCAUUGUCUCAGUGUCAGAUAUUUCGGCCGUGAAUUUCAUAGGGAUUAAGCGGAGUAUAAGUUUAAUUCUUCGAAGAAAGUUACGAUGUGCGGUUUACUUAUGUCCAUUCUCGUCCGCAGAGCCCGUCGUUUCUUGGUCGCUUGGUCUUGAAACCACUGGUUCGUUACAAAUUAAAUAUAAGCCGCGUGGCUCGGGAACAAAAAUAACUUAUGCCCCACAGGGAAAAAAUGUCAUCACAGAUGUAGCUUUUUCAAACAGUUGGCUUAAAGAUGGUUUUGCUUAGACUUUGUCUUUCACUAUAUGCCGAAAAUGGUCGGAAAGCAGGGGUGUAGCCAGGAUUUUUCCAGAGGUACGCACAACUAUUUCCAAAUUCCUCUAGUCACCCCCUUGUAACAAAGUUUUCAUGCUUUAAAAAUCUAGCUUGCCGCUAUUUACGCGCUUUUUCCAGCCUGCCAGUUCUAAAAAUAUAUCGGUCCACCAAUGAAUCACCAGUUUCUUCUCUGGAAACUGACAGUUGGGGGUAAAAAAAAAAAAGUGCGUUGUUUUAGAAAAAUAUAUUUCAAAGAAACAAGCAUAUCGGUCCACCAAUGAAUCACCAGUUUCUUCUCUGGAAACUGACAGUUGGGGGUAAAAAAAAAGAAGUGCGUUGUUUUAGAAAAAUAUAUUUCAAAGAAACAAGCAGACUUAGUAAUUGAAUUGAGAAAUAUUGUUUUUUAUUUAUUCAUUUAUUUGCUUUUUUCAGAUAACUGGCAUUUCCAUUUCAUAUUACUAUUUUUUUCUAUCCUCGACUUUUUAAUUAAACGCACGUGCAGCGUACCUUGCUUAUAGGUAGAUACGCCCCUGGAAAGGAAACUACUGUCUUUGUGCUCAUCGCGGUAACGUUUGUUUUUACUGAUAGUGCUUUCCAUUAAACUGGAAAGACUUUUCUUUGACGAUUAAUCUAAGCAUUUCUCGCGGGUAAUGUGUAGGAAUAAGAGGGUUGUUUUCGUAUAAAUUUUCAUAUGCUCUGCAAACUAUUUCAAUACCCUCGUUUUUUGGUACAUUUGAGUAAAUACUUGCGACGUCCAUCGAAACAAAAAAUAGUCUUAGCCUUUAGUUUUUCACCUUUAUCUUUUCAAUGUUUUUUUUUAAAGUCGGUGGGAUCGAUCUUCUCAACAAUCAAAAGAGGAAAUUCUUUCGGUUGGACCAUCUGAUGAGUCAUAAAUAUACAGAGGUUACGUCCUAAGCUAGAAUAAAUACAAAGCUCUUUUUUCUGAAAACAAAUAUCGAUAAUGUUAGUCCAAGUCAACCUCGUUCCCAGGGUUCUCUCCUACCCGCGAGCGAGGAGAGAACCCUGGGAACGAGGUUGGAUCCAAGUCGGUACUCGGUUAAAAUUUUCCUGUCGGUAGUCGGUGAUUGUUUUCUCGUUUUGUCGGUAGUCGGAAUAUCUUAGUCUCCCAAGACAUGAACCAUGCAAUUACACUACCGAAUGGCUUUCCUCUUAAUUGUCUAUUCUAUGAAGAUGACUUAGUUUUAAUAUCUAGAAGUGCUGCCAGUCUCCAGAAACAAUCAACUCGGUAUUCUUCAAAAUUAUUGUGAGAAGUGGCUACUUAAACUACAAAAAAACCCCGUUCAUAUUCCAAAAACAAAAUCGUAAAUCAACUUGAGAAAAAUAUGUCUUCUUUCUAAACGGAAAAGAAAUUUAAAAUGCUCAAGAAUACACUCAUCUAGGUACAACCUUUAACUCAAAUGGAAAUUUUUCAACCUCAAAACAACGAUCUAUCAAAUCGCGUGGAAAGACAUAACGCAAAUUUAUAAACACUAUUUAGGUUUAAACAGAAGGGCCCCAAAUGUGGGAUCUCGAAACGAAAUUGGAAGGCGGUCUCUGAAAUGAAACAUUUAUUUAAAGAUCAUCAAAUUUUGCAUUGAUCUCGAGAAUCUUCCAGAAAAAAAGUAUUGCGAGACAGUGUCUCAAACUCUCAAUUCAAGUAGCAGAUGCCAAAAGACAAUCCUUCAUGGACUCCGUCAUUGAGAUUCUAUAGCACUAUGGUUUUGCAGAUAGAAUAGAACUACACGAUUUACAUUCAACAAAACGUCCAAAGGAACUUACUCAAAUUGAAACAAAAGAUAAUGAUAAAUUUGCGAACUCACCAAAUGCAAUUGUUCAAUCAAAAUAAAAAUUAACUCCUACUUUACUGUUCUUUUAAAAUCAUUCAAUACGCUUCUGUUCAGAUGGAUCUAAUUGAAAGUUUGCAACACAGACAAUCCGUUGGGAAAUUGAGAUUUCGAAAGCAUGAUUUAAGAAUUGAAAUCGGUAGAUACUGUGUCCUAAAGAUUCCAGAAAAUGCUAGAAGACAUGUAUGUCAACACUGUUCAUGUAAUAACAUUCUUUGAUUGUAGUCUCUACAGCUACGCAAGAGAACAAUUAUAUGACGAUAUUACUUUUAAAUAUCCCAGAUUUACUAAUCUAAGGGCGCUUUCCAAAAGUGAGAACUCGCCGGCCGGACUAUGGCCGAACCAGUCAUUUUGACAAUGAAAUGAUUUUGAUUAAAAGUGAAAUUCUCCUUACGACGGGAACGGCCCGGCCGGUCAGUUCUGACAAAUGGAAAGCGCCCUAGGUUGAUAGAAAAAACAUUGCUUCUUUUUCAAAAAUGUAGAAACUACAAUAUAUUUGUAAAAAACUAGGUUAUUUCAUUUUUGAAGGAUUCCGGAGAAGAAAAUUAAGAUUUCGUAAUUUUUUGUUCCUGAUUAUCUCCCGUUAGCAUUAUGAUCACUUUGUUACCACAAUUGUACUUUUAAUCCAAAGGAAUCCUACCCUACUUUUUAGUCUAAUAUAAAUAUCUUUUUAGGGGGAGUUACUUUUCUUUUUAAUCAGUUAUUAAUGUAUUUUAUUUUUAUAUUAUUUUUCCUUUUUAUGCAACACUAUUUACGUAAAUGGUACUGCGAAAUAAACAUUGUUGUUGUUGUUGAUGGUUUCUAACUUAGGGUAAAUACCUCAUUGCAUUUUUAAGCAUUUGCUCUUCUUCCUAGAUUCUGUAUCCAAUCUGUGUUUAAGAGAUCUGAGUAAGGCAGUGAUGGCAGAACUGGCCCGCAGACUUCAAUCGGAUCCCACUGCUCUACGACGAUUUUAUCAGUCUUUUGGGCUUGAUCCUGAGAAACUGCCCCCCUAUAUGCUGAACAAGAUAGCCGAAUUCUUUCCUCACACCCCAGUCAAGCUGUUAAGAGACGUUUUACAGGAGUUGCAGUUGUAUGACCUCGUGGAAAUGUUGGAGAAAGUAAAAUGGCGGUCACUUCGUCCUUCUCUUCCCCUGAAAGAAAUGAAGAAGUUAUUAAACGCCAGUGAACGUCCUACAAAGUUUUAUAGUAAAGCAGAAGUUUUGGUGAUCGAGUAUUCAGAUAGGGAGGCUGUUGCACAGGUUUAUCCAGAUGUUGAGAGAAUUGGAUGUUUUUUCCAAGCUCUAAAUUCACAGAGCAAAAUGACUAGAUUAACAGCAAAGUUUGCAGGACAAAAGCAGAAUGAGCUGGUGGUGCUGAGGAAUAGAAAGAGGACAGAAGAACGCCUUGACCUGAGAGCACGCGACAAGGAAGCAAUUUUCAAAGAACAUCUGCAAAAACAGACGUCAAAGAGUGAUUACAACGUAUUUUACCCCCCCAAGAGUGAGCUUGCUACUUAUCUUCUUACGGAAGAGGAACGGAGCGCGUUUCAAGAAGGACCGGCGGUGAUAAAACUCCUUGAUAAGGUGAUAGAGGAAAGAGGGCGGAGAAAAGUGAAAAUAGAGAAAAUCGUAAAGGAGAUACAACAGAAGGAGGAAGAACUAAAAAGACAUCAGGAGGGAGAGAACAAAAAAUUCAAAAUGGCCGUAUCAACCGUCACCAACAAAUGGAUCCACGAAGCGAAAGAUGAA